GGCAGAUUGAAACAGAACAAACCAGAAAACCAGAAACCACAGGCUUUCAGUAAAUAUAACAUUAUAAUAUCCUCCCUUCCCCUUUUAAUGACAGGCAGGAAGUGAGAUUCCCCUCCCCAGCCUGUGAGUGUAAAACUAAAGGCAGAGCAGUCCUGGUGGACCCGCCAUUUUGUUGAAGACCCUGGAUAAGCACUGUUUUCUUUACUGGAUACAUCACUGUAGCCUCCAUUUUCCCGGAGACCAAGGUCCCUCCCUCUCCAUGUAUUGGGGCUGCUGGAUUACAAACAGAGGUAACAAAAUAGAAACAAAAUAACGCAAACGGAUAUUUAGUGUCUUGUUCUAAUCUGCAUAAUAUAAAGAGAUGAGCUGUGCUGCUUCCUCUGGGAAUAGGGGCUUUAUUUAAUAAGGUGAUGGUUUAUUUAAUAAGGUGGUGAUGGUUUAUUUAAUAAGGUGGUGGUGGUUUAUUUAAUAAGGUGAUGGUGAUGGUGGUGAUUGUGGGUCACUCAGUGUUUAGAAUUAAUUAUAAGAAAAUAUAAAACCUGCCAGCAGACAGCAGCAUUAUUGUGGGUGGGGAGUAAUCUGAUACAUAAUUAGUCAUUAAACCAGGAAAUGAGCAAAGAGAUUUGUACAAUUUAGCCCCAAAUUUCUGAGAUGGACAAUGAUUCUUGAUAUUUUUCUUUUUUGUUUUAAAUGUGUAAUUUUUUCUUUAAUCCCCCCCAUUCAUGGUUUAUUCACUAAACUGUGAUGGGUGAAUUCAGAGUGGAAUAAUUAGACAAACAUAACUAAAUUAGAAAACCAGCUACGUUUUUACUUUCACAAUUUGAAUUUCUGACAAUUCACAGUGAAAAAGCCCAGGUUUGAAUGUGCCAUAAUUUACCUGUUUGAUUACAGUACGCAGAAAUCAUUGGUGUCCUGCAUGAAUUCAUACCUCCCAACAGUCCCGUGUUUGGCAGGGCAGUCCUGAAUUCAGGGCCCUGUGCUGCUGUCAUGGGUUUGCUCUCAGGUGUUCCAUAAAAGGCAUCUUUACAUCCUCUUUGGACAGCAUGCGUUAUUAGUAAACCCCUAAACCUCUGUCUUGGAUCCAGACCUGCCACUGUUUGGGAGAAAGUAGAUAUGGAGAUUUGAUAACCAUAACUGCAUGCAGUGCGUGUACUCCCAUAUCUAUGAGCUGAUAUAAAAGCAAAGAUAUCUCAAUCUGAAACACGUUAGGCCGGUUUUGUUCUUGUGAGAAGAUAGAAUACAUUUUUUUAAACCAUUUUAUUUCUACUAUUUUUGUUUUUCUUUUGUGGGUGAUGGUGGUGAUUGUGGGUCACUCAGUGUGUUCUCUUAGUAAAUCCAUAAGAUUUUGAGCGUAAUGCGCAUUUAAUCCUUUCGUUGCCAGGCAUGGAAAUGCACAGUAACGCAGAUUUUAAUAUUUUUGUGGCUGAGCAAAAAUGUGUUUAACCCGUUCACUGCUGAGCCAGAGAACUCACAGUACCGCAUUUUAGCCCCAUCAUUACCCGUUAGCGAGGUCACAGUAAUGCACUUCUAAAAGGCAGUAUGUAAUAAAGUGAGCUCAUUUUGUCUGAAAGGCAUUGUUUGGGACUGUUGCAAUAAACCUUCAAUAAUGGGUCUAAAUAUCUGGUAAUGGAGAUUAAUGCCUAAAGCAGUGUUCUCAGCCAUGACAAAUGUGAAAGAAGGUAGGAGAGCCUGUUGGUAAGUUACACCUACAAACCUGGCGUGAUGGAAGUGCAAUAUGCAUAUCUUUGUGUCUGUAUGACAAAUGACGUAUUCCUGGCUUAAAUACACUACUGAAUAAAACAUUGAAAUGUCAUAAAUUUUUGUUAACUUUUUUCCUUGAUACACUCUGUUUUUGUUAACAUUUUAUAUGGACGAUUUAGCAAAUGAAGUCACAAUACAGAACACACAUUGCAGAUGAAAGGAUCAAAGAUCAGAGCUAUUAACAAUUAUCAAACAGACAAUUAUCCAAGAUAGGCAAUUCGGUGCAUUGGGUAGCGCCACAAUUUUGAUAUGUACAGUGAUAAAUACAGUAUGUAUUAUAUAAUAAACAAAUUCUUUAGUUAAAAGUCCAAAAUGGUAAAACAAGUCCCAGAGAUAGAUAUGCACUUAUCAGAAGUAUUUUUCUACCAAGUGUCUGGGUAAUUCCUCAAUGGGCGUAGCAGGGUGGGUUCAGCAUUGGAGUCCGUAUGAAAUAACAGAAAGGAAUAGUAGAGUAGUAUGUUCUUACAGGGGAAAAUAAAAGGAAAACAAUAUAGUCCUACUCACGUUUUAUGGAGCUGUAACUAGCUCCAGUAUGAAUGGCAUACAGUGGUGCAAUCCCCACUUGCAAGGAUACGUGAGAAUGAAGUCUUUGUAGUAGGUGGACCAUAAAAAAAAAAAAAACCACAAUAGGGCUCACUGAAUAAAAUGCCAGGAGUAAGGAUAAAUGGAAAUGUACUCACAUUUGCCAGAGCAGACGGACUGCUCUAUGGAUCAGGCGUGGGUGGUAUAAUCCCCACCAAUGAUGUCUUUGGACUAGUACUCACUUCACUUCUACAUCCAAUAUCACUAAAAAAACAUGCCUCAUCAAAGACCUUAUAUGUUGCAAUACCAAAAAUGUUAUAUAUCUACUGGAGUGCCCAUGUGGCCUCCAGUACGUUGGAAUGACAACUAGGGACAAUUGGGUCUCUCUUUUAAAAACCCUUGCCCCAAAUGGAUUAAAUGUAGACUUUGACCUUUUUAAUGUUCUUUAUUAUUUUUAUUUUUUUUAAAUAUGCUUUUUCAAAUAUUCUAUGGAGAUAAUUCCCAUUUCUAUAGAUAUUUUUAUUCAUUUUUACCAUAUGUUUUAUGUUCAUAUGUAUUUAUUUUCAUUGUACUUAUCUGUAUUUUAUUUUUAAUCUUAUUAUUCCCUUUUAGCCUAGUAUACCAUGUCUAAAAAAUAUAUUUUAUGUUUUAUAUACGAAUACAAUGUAAAAGUCAAAUAUACCAUUUUACACAGUUAUACAUAUAUUAGAACGUCAAUUCUGGACUCUAAAGAUAACCAUAUUGCUAUAUUUUCUAAUAAUCAUGAAAUCUGUGUCUUCAAUAUCCCCUCCACUUUCCAAAUUCCAUAAUCUUUUUAUCAUCUGGCCCAAGGUAAGGUCUCUCCCUAAGACUAUUUGCCUGUUUAAAAAAUAUUAAUUUAUUAUUUUUAUCUACCCAGAACUAUUUUGUCUAUUUAAAUAAAAAAUAAAAAAUUUGACCACUUAAAUAUAUCUGUUUUUAUCACAUAUAAGCUUCGUUUUAAAAUAUAAAUAUAACCAAUCUAUUAAUCCCAUUUCUCUCAACAUAUAGAGUGUUAAUUUUUAAAGGUAUACAAUAGAUUAUCAUUAUGCUAAUGAAGCCGUUUUGGCGCCAAUUUCAAAUUGACAAUCCCUCAUUCCCCUAUUUCAGUGUUUCCCAACCCAGUCCUCAAGGCACACCUAUCAGUCCAGGAUUUAGGGAUUACAGGGUGUGUCUAAGGUGUUUUUACAAAGAAGAAAAAAAAACACCUUAGACACAACUGGGUAAUCCCUAAAUCCUGGACUGGUAGGUGUGCCUUGAGGACUGGGUUGGGAAACACUGCCCUAUUUAAACCCUCAUAUGUUAGAUCUCUCCUUUUUAUCUCCACUUGAAGAAGCCCUAGAGGCGAAAUGCGUGGUGGUUACUAUUUAUGCUGUUUUAACCUGUGUUUUUAUUAUUGUAUGAAUAAAGGUACUUUGGCUUAUUUUACACUUUACUAGAUUGUGUCAUUUUACUCUUUUUUUUUUUUUUCUACAUUUUUUAUUUACCUCAUACUGCCUGGCACCUGAUUUUUAUCUCCAGUGAGUACUACUCCAAAAACAUUCUUGGUGGGGAUUAUACCACCCACGCCUGAUUCAUAGAGCAGUCUGUCUGCUCUGGCAAAUGUGAGUAGGUUUCCAUUUAUCCUUACUACAGGCAUUUUAUUCAGUGAGCCCUAUUUUUGUUUCUUUUUAUUUUAAUGGUCCACCUACUACAAAGACUUCAUUAUCAUGCAUCCUUGCAAGUGGGGAUUGUACCACUGUAUGCCAUUCAUACUGGAGCAAGUUACAGCUCCAUAAUACGUGAGUAGCACUAUAUCGUUUCCUUUUAUUUUCCCCUGUGAGAACAUACUACCUUAUUAUUCCUUUCUGUUGUUUCAUACAGACUCCACUGCUGAACGCACCCUGCUACGCCCAUUGAGGAAUUACCCAGACACUUGGUAGAAAAAUACUUCUGAUAAGUUCAUAGCUACAUUAUCUCUUGGACUUGUUUUACCAUUUUGGACUUUUAACUAUAUAAUUGUUUAUUAUAUAAUACAUACUGUAUAUAUCACUCUACGUAUCAAAAUUGUGGCGCUACCCCUAGCUCUUUCUUUUUUUCUGUGUUUUAUUUCCAUUAGUAGGAAAAGCGAGAUCCCUACUCUUGGGGUUAGCUGCCAGCCUCUUUUCACUCCUUCUAGUUAGAUAUCUACAGCGCUGAUCCAUCCCUCUUAAUUAGGUGCGUUGCUGCGGGUUACCAUGGCAACACUCUGAGGAGCUCACAAGAGGACUGAACUCUACCUACAGCCAGAGGAGCUGCAGGCUGGAGUUCCUCACUGGACCACCAGAGCUUGCAAUGUCCUACUCCCAGAGAAAAAGGUAAGAAGGGAGAGGGAUUUAAAUUUGUUGUAUUUUAUUUAUUUUUUAAUAUAAAAAAUGCAUAUUUGCUCCGAACCCCCCACACACACAACAUAUAGGAUCUAUACCAUCCAACACUCUCACCCCUCACAAAUACACACUGUACCCCUCACACACACAAGCCCUGCUUUCCAUUCACUUACCCAUACACACUGCAUCCUUCAUACACACUGUCCCCUCACACACACAAACACUGCAUCCCACUCACUCACUCACUCAUACACACUGCAUCCUUCAUACACACUGUUCCCCUCACACACACAAACACUGCAUCCUUCAUACACACUGUCCCCUCACACACACAAACACUGCAUCCCACUCACUCAUACACACUGCAUCCUUCAUACACACUGUUCCCCUCACAAACACUGCAUCCCACUCACUCACUCAUACACACUGCAUCCUUCAUACGCACUGUACCCCUCACACACACAAACACUGCAUCCCACUCACUCAUACACACUGUACCCCUCACAAACACUGCAUCCCACUCACUCACUCAUACACACUGUACCCCUCACAAACACUGCAUCUCACUCACUUAUACACACUCCAUCCUUCAUACACCCUCCAACCAUUUAGACACUACAUUCCUUAUACAUACUCUACAUCCCCUAUAAACACUGCAGAUACACUAUGCACACACUAGAUUCCCUGUAUACAAAAACACACACUGUUUCCUAAACAUACACUCUACAGUCCCUACACAUACUUUGUCACAAAUCCCCCCCCCCACACACACACACACGUUACAGCACUUCUAAACACACACUCUUUACAGGCCCUAGCCACACACACACACACACACAAUACAACAAGGCUUGACAAAUUUGCUUUGAAUCUAGGAGCCAGCUAAAAAAGUUAAGAGCCAGGAUUUUUUUUGACUUAACAAAGCUUUAUUUUCAACCACAAAAAUACAAUUCUUAGGGGCGGAGCAAGCAGAGCAACAGAGAAGACAUACUCUCCUGAGCUGUCAGCCUUAUAUUAAAGGGACACUAUAGUCACCAGAUCAACUACAAUGCCGAUUUUUGUCAAUCCAAUGCUUUCCCUAUGGAAAGAGUCGCCACUUUGUACUCCUCCAUCCCCAGCCCUCACCCCGCUUACCUCAGGGGCCUCUCUGAUCUGCUGUAGAAAGGGCUCCAGCGUGAUGGCGGACAGGAGGGGCGACAAAAGGCACCCCUGUCCGGUGCAAUUGCAGAUUGAAAAGGUGGCACUGCUGCUUCCCGGAAGCAGCACCUGCGCCCAGAGAUCCCUGUAAAAGGCCCGAGCCGCCCUCACAAACUGGGCCGGAAAUCCCCAGUGUUUCAGGAGCGCGAACAAGUACGGCCAUUCAAACUAGUCAAACGCCUUCUUCGCAUCUAGGGAAAGGAGCAGAGAAGGUGUCCAAGACCCAUCCAUGUACCACACCAAAUCUAUGACUCGUCUCAUAUUUUCGUACAAUUGGCAUUCAGGGUUAAAUCCGACCAGGUCCGGAUGGAUCAGUUCCUGCAACACGGGCUUCAAUUUGGUCGCCAGAAUCUUCGCGUCCACAUUGAUCAGCAAUAUCGGCCUAUAGCUCCCCACCUCCUAAGGGUCUUUCCCCUCCUUUGGUAGCACAAUAUUGGCCACUGUCAUCUCUUGUGACAAAGGUUCUCCCGCUAUCCCCGAAUUAAACAGGGUGGCAAGUCUUGGCACCAGUACUUCGCUAAACGUCUUAUAGAGAGCUUCAGAGUGACUGUUCCCAAUGAAUAAUGUGCUAGAGGACAGUGCGUUACUUAGGCAGUACCCUCACCCCCCACGGCCCCCACACAACCAGGAAGGCAGCCGGGGCUGGGCCAGACCACCCGGGGUACAGUAGCCCCCAGGCAGCUGACCAGAGCACCCACCCGCCAACCCAGUUGACCGCGAACGACGGGGAGCAAGAGCGCCAGGCUGUCGUCCCCCUCGACAGCCCCCAUACCGCCCCAUGGAAAAGGGGGAAGCCAGCACCCCCACAACAUUAUGGGCCUGCACGACCUGCUCCACGUGGGCCUCCAGCUCCGCUGUGCCAGUACCGAUGGCUUGGAUCUCAGCUUUGAUGGCCUGCGCUCCUGUCUCGAGCUCCUCUGUGAGGUACGUCUUGUCUGCCCGUAUCUGGAGCAGAAUGCAGGUAGUAUAGUCUGAGCAGGGGAGCGAGGUAUCCGACGCCUCCUCAAAUGGGUCGUCUGCACAAGGGCUUCUCUGGGCGCCAUCUUGGGUCCGCCUAGGGCCCCUGCCUGGCUGUGAGAAAAUUGGAGCCACCGUCCAAGUACUUGCGGGUCUGCUUCUUCCCGCUAGCCUUCAUGCUGCAGAGUGCCUUCCCAAGACAGGGUGGGGAAAUAAACAAAGGUUCCCAGGCAAGGUUAGUCUGCCUUAACACAGGAGCUCACGGACUAUGCGACCAUCACGGUCGACAUCCAGACCACGCCCCCCCACUAUUCAUGUCUUCUGCUACUUGUUGUCCAAUCUGUUUUCUUCUAAAUCCCCUCUUUUCUGCAUGGUCUUGUAGCGGUACUUACCUUACCCGGGGGCCAGCCGAGGUCCUCACUUCCCGCCGCGCACAGCUCCCAAAUGAAGGCGGGCACGGACCGCGAGAUGCGGUCACAUGUUCCGCCUAGCUUUAAGAGCGUGCUGCGCGUCUUGGGCACGCUCUUAAAGGGGCAGUGGGAGCCAAAAAAUUAAAUGUGCUCCCAUUGGCCCCUGUCAUCCCACAUUCCCCAGACACUCACAUUUUGGGGGCGUGGAUAUGACAGGGGCCAAUCAAAGUAAAGUUUAGGGUAUUUAUACUUACCUCUCCCUUAACUCCCUGCCCUAUCGUGGUUUCUGCAUCAGUUCCCUUUAGCGCUUGUUGUGUUCAGUUGUGAUUUUUGUACUUGACCUUGGCUUUGUAUCUGACUCCGUUUAUCUCUCUAUCCCUGUUUUGUCUUGUAUGCUGGCUUACUGACUGCUGUGUACCAGACCUUGGCUAGUUUUUGUUCUCGCUGUCUCUUUGUUCCCUUGACCUCGGCUUGUUCUUGACUCUGUCUAUUCUCUGCUAUACGGCGAGUCCGGCCAUUCUAAGGUCCGGUAAGUCGUAUCUGCUCUAUCUGUCGAUUGUUGAACUAAAUCCUGCGUGUAGGGGUAAACUACCGUGACAGGUCUCUAGUUCAUGAACUGAUCGAGAUCCACCCCCUCCGCUGCUUGCUUGUCAUUUUAUUCAUUGAAUGUAUACCAUUCCCAGCUCGCCAUCCCCCUGCAUUCCUUGUCCAACAGAUUGCUAAAUUUGGGCGUGCCUAUGUACUAUGUCUCUUGAAUUCCAGUAAGUGUUGGAGAAAUACCUAAAGGUAUUACAAAUAAUCAUUUUUAAUCAUUGAAAAGAGCUUGUGGGGUUAUUUAUGUCUAUAUUAUUUCCCUCUCUACUUUCUCGCUAAGAAGCAGGUCAGUGUGCAUUUCCCAGUCCAUGUGCGUUUGAUUAAGAUAAAUGCGUGCGUGAAUGUCUAUUGCAGCUCAAAAUGUUUGUAUUCUGUGCAGGAUGCAGAAUUUCAAUGAUCUCCCGGAAGAUGUCGUGCUGGAAAUUCUCUCAUUGGUCCCCAGUACAGACCUAACCCGUAGUUGCCGACGCGUCUGCUCUAUGUGGAAGGACCUAACUGACUCUCCAACUCUGUGGAAGACAAAGUGUCAGCGAAUGGGAUACCUCCCUAAAAACUACGAAAGAUAUCCCAGUGACUGGAAGAUUUAUUAUCGUCUCUCCAGCUUAAAAAAAAACUUACUGAAAAACCCAUGUGCUUUAGGUAGGAAUCCUGUCUACAUUCUAUGAGUAACAAGUAAGGCAUUUUAUCAACCUCUUAGUUUACUUUAAUUGGAAAAAAUAUAUAUUUCCUAUAGAUUGAUAGAUCAUGCCCCUGUAGUCUCACUGCUCAAUUCUCUGCCAUUUAGGAGUUAAAUGACUUUGUUUCUGCAGCCAUAGCCACACUUCAAUGCAUCAAUACAAAUCCCACACCCUCACCACCAGGUGCAGGGCCAGCGCAUCCUAUAGGCUAAGUAGGUGGCCGCCUGGGGCGCCUACUUAGGGGGGUGGUCAGACAAGCAAUAAAAGUCACUGCUGGUGCCCCCCCUAUCAAGUGGGAUUGAUUUUAUAUAUAUAUAUAUAUAUAUAUAGCAGGUCGGGUUACCGGGCACUAGGGAGCUCUUACUUGUAGACUAGCACCAGGUACAACGUUAGUCCAGCAUUCACCACAGUCUGCUAAGUCAGGACCCCUCUCCCAGUCAAGCAACACGGCAGCGCAGGGGCACAUCAUUCACUUGCUUCUGCCCCUUGCCCUGUACGUGGGAACAAGGGAGCGGGAGAAUAACAGGAAAUGGGGCUUUGGGAAAAAGUGUUGGCCGCCAGCGCAGUAAAGAAGACAGGAAUGAAGAGCAAAGUGCAAUGAAGGUAAGAGAGAAUGCACAGUGUGUUUCAUAGAAUGUAUGUCAGUAUGUUUGUGUAUGUCAGUCUGCUUGGGUCAGUCUGCUUGUGUGUGUGUGUGAAGGUAUGGGACUGUGUGUGUCUGUUUGAAGGUAUGGGACUGUGUGUGUGUGUGUGAAGGUAUGGGACUGUGUGUGUGUGUGUGAAGGUAUGGGACUGUGUCUGUGUGUGUGUGUGAAGGUAUGGGACUGUGUGUGUGUAUGGGACUGUGUCUGUGUGUCUGCAUGGGUCAGUGUGUGUCUUUAUGAGUCAGUGUGUAUGUAUCGAUGUGUGCAUGCGUCAAUGUAUAUGUAUGUGUGGGUCUGUGUGUGUGUGUGGAGGGGGGUCUGUAUGUGUGUAUGUCUGUAUGGGUCAGUCUAUGUAAGUCUGCAUGAGUGGGUGGAGCAAAUGGGGCGGUAAAAAUAUUUUCGCCUAGGGCGGCAAAAAUUCUUGCACUGGCCCCGACCAGGUGCACAAUGUGGUAAAAAAAAACUUGUCCUAGAAUUUAACAAUACAGCUUCCUCUGGAGAUAUCUCAGGUAGUAUCAACCAAAAAUACAAUAUAAAGAGGAUGCAGCUGUAAAUCUACAAAACAAGAACACUAGUAUAGUUUAAUACAGUACAGCACGUUAAUACAGCCCAGCCAGAAAUGCACUCACAAGAAGGUAGAUGGUAAUGUCACCUUAAGGUGCCUCCCCUAGGAAUCCCGGGGGGCCAGUCCACGUCUGUUCCAGUUUUGGCAGCAGUCCCUACAUACCCAGGACCCAGACUCCAAAUUUUAUUCCAAAAAGAUUAUAUGAACAAGUAUAAGUAAUAAAAACAAAUAAUAAAUAAGUGGGCAGUCCUACGCGUUUCAUCACCAAUUGGGACUUCCAAAUAGUGAAGCAACAUAAAACCUAAAUAAAAUAUAAUCAUUUUUAACAACCCACUGUUGUAAAAAUAUACUAACAACAGUGAGUGGGAGAAGGUUACCACCAACUGGACCACCAAUGGAAGCUAAAGAUAAGCCCUAUAAAACCAUGGACAUUGCAGGGAGGAAUGUAUUCUGCCCGUUUUCCAAUAUGUUUUCUCUUAUUGCAAUUUGUUGUGAUUUAGAUUUUUAUCUCUUGUUUAUUAAUAGCUGUUACAGCCUGCAGCAGCCUCCUGUGUGUGAUUAAAGUUCAACUAACAGAGAAGAUGAUAACUUCUAAAGUAAACAGACUUUGCUGUAACAUCUGAUGGAAAAUGAAACAUUUUGUUUUCAUGCAGGCUGUGCCAGUCACAGCCAGGGCAGGUGUGACAAGAGCUGCAUGGACAGAAACAAAAGGGAUUUAACUCCUAAAUGGCAAAGAAUUGAGCAGCUAGACUGCAGGGGCAUGAUUUGUACACCAAAACCUUUAGGACGUACCAUUAUGUCCUAGAAAGCCAGGGCAUAAUGUCUUUAGGGCAUAUUGGCACUUCCUAAUGUCCCGUUGUGAGCAGGGCAAAAUUUUGUGUCUUCAAACUGGUAGAUGAAAAACAUGCAUAAUUUAAUACAUACAUGUGUUCAUUGGAGGUAUAUCUACUAAAUUGUGAUAUUAUUUUUUUAAAUUUGGGAUGUGGUGUUUCCUUAAGUUCUUAAGGGGGUUUGGAGAACUUCUUUAAACAUGGGGUUCUUCCUAAUGUCCCGUUGUGAGCAGGGCUAAAUUUAGUGGCUCCAAACUGAUCAUACAACCCUUUCAAAGGGCACGUACAUCCCUCCCAGAUAAAAAACUGUGGUGAGCAGAGUUAAAUCUUUGCUCAACCUGGAAGACCCCAAAUAUCAAUCAAUACCGGAGUCUCCUCUCUGGGAGCUGGGGUCAUAUUGAUGAGCAGUGCUAAUACAGCCUGUGAGCGUUUUACGCAACCUUUUAAAUUUAUUUAAAUCCCUGAUCGCUCAGUCAAUGUAAUUCCUUGGCUGCAGGGUGUCCGAGGAAGACCCCCAUGGUCUAAAAAGAUCCUGACAUUGUCUCCCUGCAUGCCCCCUCAGAUUAUGAUCGGUGUUGGUCUUGACAAGUUGCUCAGGGAUAGCAUGUUGGGAAGCAGCAUGAGAGGGAGAUCUCCCUAUCAUGCUACAAAAACAUGUGUAGGGGUAUUGUUAGGGUAAUGUAAAUGUUAAUUCUUGAUUAGGAUUACUGCUUUUUUGGGGUUAGUGUAGUGUUAAGGUAUACAGUUAGCUAGUGUAAGCUUAGGGGUAGAACUAUUUGGUGAGGGGGAGGAGGGUUGGUAACGGGUUAGCAUUAACUACCAAAAAUGGAUUUAGAUCCCAGAAAUUUGAAUUAACAAUCAGGACUCAUACGUGAGUCUAUUUUGAUGUAUUUUUCUUUAGUUGUGCUGGAUGUGUAAUAAGUAUUUAUAUUUUUUAGUGAGGUCAGUGACUGGUAUAGGGGAAGAUAAUUGGGGUUUAUUAUCAUAUGUACGUUUGUACUAGCUAAUACGUCUAGCCCUGUUUCACAAUUCUUGCUUUAGACAAUAAUUCCCAGUAUUUACCAAAUUAGUUCAGAGAAUAAACCAUGAAUAACAGUCCUAUUUAUAAUAAUGAAAAGUUUCAUUUUGUGGCUAUAAAUAUUUAUAAAGAGCAAUUCUCGGGCAAAGGUCUAAAAAUGGAGCAACCCUUUAACAUUCCAUUGCUUGUCAUGGUGUUCAAUAACCCCCAAAGUUUGGCGAUACUCCGUAAGGGCCUUCCAUUUCAAUUAAUUUAUUUUCAUCCUCUAGUUUUGUUUUGCUUUUCCAGAAAAAUUUAAACACUGGAAAAUUGAAGAAAAUGGUGGAGAUAGGUGGAAGAUAGAAGAUUUGCCUGGAGAACAUGGUCAGAAUAUCCAUGACGAAAAAGUAAAAAAGUAUUUUGUAACCUCAUAUGGGUAAGACCUCCACUGUUGCAUUCAUAAUUGUAUAAAUCUCCUGCCACUUCUGUAUGCUGCAAUUCGUUUUAAUAUUAUUGUUUAUUGUGUGUCCAAAUGUUCAGCUGUUACAAAUUCCCCUACAGAACCAUCAAUAAAGUGCAGUUAAGUGUCAAGUGCCACCUUAAAUGAACAGUCCAUGCACCAUAACUACCGCAAGAGAAUGUGUAAUGUUGCCCUGUCGUGUCGCCUCCUCCUCCCCCCAACUUAAAAGGACACUAUAGGCACCCAGCCCGCUACAUCUCAUUGAAGGGGUCUGGGAGCAGUCUCCCUGUUCCACUUAGUCCUGUUUACAUUGCAGUGCCAAGACACUCUCUGGUGGCAAGCACUGUUUUUGCCGCGAGGCAAACAAUGCAUUUGCCUUGGUAGGCACUUUCCACAGGCGGCAAAAUAUGCUGCCCCAAAUGCCCAGGCAAAUGCCUUGUUAGCCUCAGGGCAGGCAGCUGGCUGAGCUGCGGGCGGCAAGGGAGUGCUGAUUUGUGAGCUCUCCCUUGUGUGCCGCAGAGUGAUUCCGGGAGCCGGAAUAUGACGUCCGCCCGCCUGGACCUGAACUGGCCGCCCGCCUGCCUGCCUUCCUGCCCAAAAAGCCUGGUCAGUAGCCCCACUGGACCCCAGGUAAAAAAUCCAAAGGUAGGGAGGCUGGGCGGAUUUAAAUUAAAAUGAGAAAAUUAUCUGUGAGUGUAUGGGGGAAAUGUCUGUCUGGCUGGCUGUCUCAGUGAGUAUGAGUGUGUAUCUAUCUGUGUGUGUGUGUCUGUCAAUACUCACUCAGACACACACUGACAGACACACACAGUCACUCAGACACACAGUGUCUUAGCACUGCAAUGUUAACAUUGCAUUUUCUCAAAUAGUGCAGUGUUUUACAUUGCAGGACUGUAUGUCUGUCAGUGUGUGUCUGUGAGGGAGCCAGUGUAUCUGAGUGAUUGUGUGUAUGUGUGUGUAUCUGAGUGAUUGUGUAUGCCUCUGUGUGUGUGUGUGUGUCUGUCAGUCAAUGUGUGUGUUAGUCUUUAACAGGAAGAGGUGUGGCCUUGACAGGAAUGGGUCGGGCAAAUUUAAAUUUGGGGGUGCCAGAGUUCCAUCAUGCCUAGGGCAGCACAGAUCCAAAAUGCACUACUGCUGGGGGCUGUCUACCAAACUGCCACUAGAAACUCUUCCGAGAGCUUAGGACAUCCAGCAUCAGUGUAAACCAAACAUUAUAAAUUGAGCCAACAUUGUAUUCCUAACGCUAUAGAUUCCCUUUAAGUAGUCAGAAUAUUUGGUAACAGUUUGACUUUUUACCAGUCUGCCAUGAAUCAGUCCCUGCCUUUCUGCAGCCGGAAUUCUCACUUUGCAAUAGAGAGGGAACGAUGCAAUCUCUUGACAAAGCAUACUGUAGUGGUUAUGCUUCAUUUAAAGUGGCACUGUCGCUACCCUUAUUUUGGCACAACACACUGUUAGCUGAAAGAUUGCAGUGGGCUGGGCUUUUUUAUGUAGAUUUGUUGGGUUUGUUUUAUUUUUAUAUUGUGUUCCGGACUGUCCUGGCACACGUAUUGUGAACCAAGCCAGAGGACACAAUGCCCACUACAUUAUAAUGUCACAGUGAUGGGGUUAAGCCUGCUUCUGUGCCUCAUUAUAUCAGUUUAAAGAUUUUAGUAGAUCCAUAUUCAUCAAACAAGCUGUAGUAAAGUGAUCUUUUAUUAUCAUUUAAGGCUUGGGGCAGUUUUCCCUUCAUUGCCCAACCAUGUGCUAGUCGGUGUCUGUAAUAUUCAUGUAGGGAUUGGUCAGUAUUGUUUGCUAGAACUUUUUACCAGAAAUGACAGAAAUGUGGUUUUGACACUAUGUAUGUGUUAUGUAUGAAGCGAGAAUUCUCAGAUGAUAAAUUAUCUCCAGCUACUGCUUUCAUUUUUGGUUGCAGAAUUCUUAAAGGGACAGUAUAGACAGGAGUUCUCCCCCUCUCCUCCUUACAACUUUUAAAGGACCACUAUAGGCACCCAGAUCAUUUCAGCUCAAUGAAGUGGUCUGGGUGCCAGGUGCUCCUAGUUUGAACACUGCAGUUGAAAACAUAGCAUUUUCAGAGAAACUAUGUUUACACUGCAGGGUUAAUCCCUGACAGCCACUACAGGCCACUUCCGUGAUUUACACAAAGUAAAUCGCACUUAAUUGACGCAAAAAUACCAUAGGAAGACAUUAAGUAAUGCUUUCCUAUGGGCGGGUUUGAAUGCGCGUGCGCCUCUGGCCGUGCAUGAGCAUUCAGCUCCACUCGGGAGCUGAUGUUGAUGGAGGAGGAGAGGUCACCAGUGCCGAGGGAGCCCGGCGCUGGAUUAAGGUAAGCAAAUAAAUGGUUAAUCAUUUAUUUGCCGCAGAAGGGGGCCCUACUCACCUACACGGUGACUAGGGCUCUAUAGCGUUAGGAAUACAUAUUUGUUCCUUUAAAGACUGAUGGAAAUAAAAGACACGAGCUGUGCAAGAAUUAGACUUUUAUUGCUAUCGUAAUUACAGUAACUAAUAGAAACAUACUAUUAUAAAGGUUACGAAGAUCUAACCUAAAGAAAAACAAUUGACAAGAAACUGACGCCCCCAUUUUAAGGCAUUAAAUAGAUAAUGCAUUUACAUUAUGCAAAUUAAUAUAUAAAGAGACUACACUACACUGCAAGUGCCAGAAGCACGCAGACCAGAGGAUCCACCAAUCAGAAGCCUCAUAUGCCGAUUUUUGGGGUCUGAUUGUAUCCCUUUUUUUUCUAGUAGUUUGUCAUGCAACUUGAAGGAUAACUUUGAUUCAGCUCCAAUACAGUCUCUCAUAGAAGGAAAGAAGUGGUUUAAUGGAACAAUCUUACAAAAAACUACAUUUUAAAAAAUUGGAUUUGUUUCUUAUUUUUUUUCUUCAAUUUGAUUUAAAAAAAAAUCACCAUAAAACUUGUCUGUAAAGUAUCGAGACAGACCCUUCUUCUAAACCCAAUCAUCUAUCAAUGCAGUCACCAGUUAUGACUUUUGUCCAGUCCGAUGCUUCUCAUAGCGCCUGGCUGUGUGCCAUAACAAUUAAUAUUUGUACAAGACCUAGGUACUCCUGGCACCAUAACCACUACAGCGGCUUUAGUCGUUAUGAUUGGAGUAACUCUUUAAGAAAAUUGUAUUUACUGUUUAAUGCAUUGUGACUUCUCAGGAGAUAACAAAGCUUCAGUUGUGAUGUGCUUUUUUAAUUUAUUUUAUUAUAGUUCUUGCAUGAAAUCCCAAAUUAUUGAUCUCAAGAAAAGUGGAUACCAGGAUAAAUUAAUGGAUAUUGUGCAGCCAGAUAUUGUGAUUAAAGACUGGUGAGUUAAUGUAAACAGUGGUGGGAAAUGUUGCGUUUCUCACACGGUCUGCUUAAUAGUUCACUCUUUUUACCUGCUGUAGGUUUGCUCCCAGACAUGACUGUGGCUCUAUGUAUAUAGUGCUGGUUCGGCUACUUUCCAAAAAAAGAGAAACCAUACAGGAAUUCUGUCCUGGACCUGUCUAUAUGGAGCAGUGGAGUGAUGCCGAGUGGAAAGAGGUGCGGAGAACUUCAUUUGCAACAUUUCACUUGUCCUAAAUCAGUAGAGCUAGAUUUUGCUUUUUAAUAGCAGUUAAAUAUUUAAUAUUUAUUAUUGUUGUUUCUCUUAUUUAUUAUUAUUUUAUUAUUUAUAUAGCGCCAGGAAAUUCCGUAGUGCUUAUUACUCCUAUAUUCCACAGCACUGGAUUUAUAGAGUAAAUUGUAUAUAGAAUAGCAUGUGAGCCAGAAAUAAAGCAAUCUUUGACGUACCAGCAAGGUAUAGUCUGCUCGUGUCAACACGCACUCACUAUGCUCCUUGCAUCUUACACCACAACCACGAGGGCAAGCUGUAGUGGUUAUGGUACUUGGAAUAUUCCAUUAAAUUUAUUCUCACCAUACAGCUUUUUCUUUUUUUAAUUCUUUAUUUAUUCCAAGACGAGACAUCACAAGCAGUACAUAUACAGCAACAUAAGAUUAUGCAUAAACAAGCAUGUACACUGUGAUCAUGGCAUUUUUACAUUAGCAAGAUGGGUGAACCGUCAAGGUCGCAUAGAUCCCAUAACUAGAGACCACUAAUUGUAUUUACGUCUCUAAUUUUCAAGGUAGUUCUCAUCUCUAUGUAUGGUUAGAUAUCCCGUCUGGUUUUAAAUAGUAGAUAAACAUGUAACAGAUAACAUAUGAUAUAUGACGACCGCACACGUGUUUGCAAAAACAAACAUACAAAAAAACGACUAGGAAUAGUAUACAAGUGUACGUUUGCUCCCAUGUCGCUAUUGUCUCGUACGGUCGGAUGGUAAGAUUAAGAGAUGAAAGAAAAGGAAAAAAUAGAGGAAGUGCCUUGAAAAUCCGAGGUCACAGAGGAGGAGGUAGAGGGAGGAGGGAGGUGGAGGGGUGGUGGGAGUCCGAGGAUAGCCGCCCGAUAAAAAGGCGUCAUAGGGAAUGUGCUUCCCUUCCAACCCUGUCCCCAAUGGGGGUCCGCAAAAAUCCCUCCCUGCUUGCCGGGUCCAAGUAAUAUGGUUUACUUCCUUUCUCAGAUGUCCCGAGAGGUAUGUUUGGAUGUUCUAAUUCAGUCUGCCUUUCUCUAAUCGCUUACAGUGCUAUUUGUCCAGGGGCUCCAGAUCUUAUCAAAUUUCUUCAUUGUCCCCUGACCUGUGCUGUCAGCUUGUCCAUUAGGAAAGUAUCUUUUAUUUUUUGUUUUACCAUCAUCAUUGUUGGGGUCUCCCUCUGUAGCCACACCUGUGCUAGGGCUCUUGCAUCCGCAGCCUCUCCAACACAGGUCCGUCGGGUUUUUACGCAUUUGUAACCGCGUCACUGGAGUGGUGUACCACCGAAAUAAGGUCUUAUAGGAUUGUUCCUGCAAGGAGACGCACACUGAAGAUGAUGCAGCAGCCUCCCAUAUUUCCUGCCAUUUUAUGCCCUCCAGAACCUCAAUGAGAUCUGUUUCCCACUGAUCUAUAUAUGUGAUAUCUCCCCAUUCUAGCGUGUGAGUGCUCAGAUGAGAAUAUAAACAUGAAAUUAAGCCGCUUGGGAAUUGUUCCCUCUUGCACAUCCUUUGGAAAUCGUUAACUGUGUCAACGCAGCCAUUUUGAUCCAGGAGUCUCUGGCAUAAUCCCUAAGCUGUAGAUACCGGAAGUAGUCGAAGGGUCGUAAUGGGGCCCUGCUUGUCAAUUCUUCAAAUGUUAUAAAUGAGCCGUUUUCAAACAGUUCGCACAGUCUCUGCAGUCCCGUGUUCUCAAUACCCUUGAAAUCCCAGGGACUCAUGCCCGGAAGAAAUGAUUUGUUUCUUAAGAAUGGGGUCAUGGGCGACGGGUCGGAGGUCAGGCCAUAUUUAAGGGUGGUGGCAUCCCAAAUUUUAAGGGAGUUGCGUAUCGCUCGGCAUAUCACUUGAUCUAUUGGUCUAUCUUCUUUAGGGGUCCACAUGAGGAACUGGGGCAUGUCUGGGCCCAUCAGGGCGGAUUCCAGAUCCACUCAUCUUCUGGGGGAGAGUGCCAUAGUGCAAUUUGGGCCAAUUGAGCUGCCACGUAAUAAGCCUUAUAAAGUACAUUACGGGAGAUCUUGUGUUUCUUAUUCUGCCAGAUAAACUUGCCAAUAGCCUGUUGAAGCGGUCCCAAAUUAGAUUUAGUCAACUGUACCAGAAGAGCUUGGAAUAGAAAUAGUAUCCUGGGUAGCACAUUCAUUUUCACUGAAUGUAUUCUUCCGAUCCACGAGAUCGGUUUAUUUACCCACUUCUCCAUGUCGUUUAUUAGAUGUCGAAUUAGUGGGGCAUAAUUUUGCUGGUAUAGUUGGGAGGGAUCCGCCGUCAACCAUAUGCCUAAGUAUUUGAUAUGGUCCUUCGCUAUACGUAUGUGAUAAGUCCUCCCUAUAUACGCCGCGUCAUCUUCCCUCAUACCUAUGGGGAGUGCGCUUGAUUUGUGUAAGUUGACUUUAUAGCCAGCCACCUCGCCGUAUUCCGCCAGAAUCCCAGUCAGAGCCGCCAUAGAAACCCUCGGAUUCGUUAAUGUUAACAAUACGUCAUCUGCGAAACCCGAUAUAACAUAUUGCUUACCCCCCACGGUGACACCCCUGACAUCUGGGGCAUUGCGUAUUGUUUGCAUGAGGGGUUCCAGUGAAAGGACGAACAGUAGAGGUGAAAGCGGGCAUCCUUGUCUCGUGCCAUUACUCAGAUGGGAUGGUUCGUGCUCCCGAAAUCUGGAUCUGCACCCUGACGUUUGAGUACAAGGCCUGAACAGCUGUUACGAACUGGGCCGGCAUGCCAAAGUGAUUUAAUACCUCAGAUAGGGCCAUUUGACUCUGUCAAAUGCCUUUUCGGCAUCCAGUGAUAGCAUCAGUGUCGGAGUGCCCUUCGUAGCCGGUCUCCCUAUAAGGGUUAUAUUGCGUCUUGUAUUUUCCAACAGUUGUCUGCCCGGUAUAAAGCCCACCUGAUCUGGGUGAAUCAGACCUGUAAGGAUCGGAUUCAAUCUGCCUGCUAACACUUUUGCUAAAAUUUGGGAAUCGUGAUUAAGAAAUUGGGCGAAAAUUCUCCGGGAUUGAGUCGUCUUUGCCCGGCUUAGGUAGUAAAGCUAUAUUUGCCAAGGACAUAUCUUUAUCUGGCACCCCCCAUCCAUAAGGUCGUUGAACCAGGAUUCUAAGUGAGGCAUAAGCUCCUCUCGGAAGGUUUUAUAGUAGCUUCCAUCGAAGCCAUCUGGUCCAGGUGCUUUAUUGCUUUUUUUUAAGGCGGAAAUUGCCGCAUCUAUUUCUUCAGCCGAGAUAAGAUUGCCCAAGGCAGCCGAGGCUGCCUCGUCUAACUUGGGGAGGUGUAACCGAGAGAGGAACGCUCGUAUCCCAUCAAAUUCCUGACUUGGGUCCAUGACUCCGCCUGUCGAGUGGUUAUAGAGUUUGGUAUAAUAGUCCGUGAACACCUUGGCAAUCUCCGUGGGGUUCGUCUGAUAUUCUCCUACUGCAUUCUUAAUCCUCGUAAUAUGUGUGCCCCGUUGCCUCGGUCUAAGGCAGGGGUUCUCAACGUUAGUCCUCAGGACCCCCUACCAGUCCAGGGUUUAGGGAUUACCUGGGUGUGUCUAAGGUGUUAAGAAAAAGAAAAAAAAACACCUUAGAGUCGAAGGUGUUUUUUUCCCUUUUUCUAAACACCUGAGACACACCCAGGUAAUCCCCAAAUCCUAGACUGGUAGGGGGUCCUGAGGACUGGGUUGAGAACCCCUGGUCUAAGGGAUCUUGCCAAUAAGGUAUCCAUCUUGUUAGCUUUUUCAUAAAAGGUUCGUUUUGACCACACUAUAGCUCUCGUGGUGUUAUCUAGGAGCGUUUCCCGAAUAGAGUUCCUUACGUUCUGCACCGUCGUUAAAUUAGUAGGUGUAGGGUCCGACUUAUGCCGUUGUUCCGCCUUUCUUAAAGCUUCUAAUAAUGAUGAUAACAGUUGAGACUUACGUCGUUUCUUCAAUGUCGCUUCUCUCAUACAGCUUUUUCUGAUUGCCAUGCAUAACAGAGUAGUGAGAUACUAAGACAGGUGGGAUAAACAUGUUACAUUUGUGUUUUCAUAAUAUUUAUAUCAAAGAUGUAAAAUAUUCUUGGAAUCAGCUAUGACUUGUGUGGUAUAUACCAACUAAACAUGGUGGCAAUCUGUAGGUGACUCCUACUUGCAUAGUUACAUAGUUACAUAUGCUGAACGGAGACAGGUGUCCAUCAAGUUCAGCCUUCCUCACAUUUGUUUUUUGUUGUUGAUUUUAAAAGAUACUUAAUUGAACUACUCUACAUUUCCCUUGAAUUGUGAAUAACAUCAGGUUUCAGAUUCUGCUCUAUAUUCUUAAUAUUGAACAAUAUAUAGAGACAAAGAGGACAAGCUUAUGGGGUUAACAAGUUUACUUAUAAAAAGGAGAGGUAUUUAAAAAAGCUGCCCAGUCUCAUUACCACCAUGAUUUCAUAAUGCUCCAGCACCAAUCACAUUACUCCCAUCCCAUAAUUACAUAAUCUUCCGCACAAAUCACAUUACUCCCAGCCAAUAGUCACAUCAUCUUCCAGCACCAAUCACAUUACUCCCAGCCAAUAAUUACAUACUGCUCCAGCACUAAUCACAUUACUCCCAUCACAUAAUCACAUCAUCCUCCAGCACCAAUCACAUUACUCCCAGCUAAUAAUCACAUCAUCCUCCAGCACCAAUCACAUUACUCCCAGCUAAUAAUCACAUCAUCCUCGAGCACCAAUCACAUUACUCCCAGCUAAUAAUCACAUCAUCCUCCAGCACCAAUCACAUUAUUCCCAGCCAAUAUUCACAUCAUCAGCUGCAUAGUCCGUUCCACCUCUCCAUUCUUUGUGAUUGGCGAAGGUUAGAUCUACUCAGAGUGUAGAAUUUCUUAUUGCAUAAAUAGUGUGAUCCGAGGGCAAGCUGUGGAUGCUCAAUUUAUAGCUAUGGAAGUUGAAUUGGACAUUUAUUUGGAACCUAAUUUACUAUGUGUCAUUUUUGGAGUUUACAAAAAACUUUAAUUUUCAUGGACAUUUCUAAGUAUUAAAAUCUAGUAAUUCCAAACUUCUUUCACAGAUGACUCACACAUUCCGCGAUUACGGAGAGGGAGUCCGUUAUAUAUAUUUUCAACAUGGUGGAAAGGACACGCAGUUUUGGGCUGGAUGGUAUGGCGUCCGAGUGACUAACAGCAGUGUCACUAUUGAACCAGAAAAUCUCCUUGCGUGAUCGUGGAAUGGCGAACGUAUGCCCCUUAUUCUGCUGCCACACUAGGACACUGAAUAUUUUUCAGCAAAUUAAUUUACCUAUUUUAUCUGAAACUUAUUUAAAGCCUUAUUAGUAAUUUGUCUAAACUGACUAUGACAUAAGAAUGCUUUAAAAUGUUCUGAUUCUGCUAAAGGGACACUCUCUAAGCAACAUAACCACUGCGUUGAGCUGUAAUAUUGCACUGAUCUCCACUGGUUAUGUUGAUAGUGUGUCCCUUAAUAGAUUUUCUUGUUUAAAAAAUAUUAAAUGUCUUCAUCUAUGCAAUGAAAAUUAUAUUUAGAAUUUGUCUUUUUUUUUGCCUUACAUAUAUAAAUAUACAACUUGUAAAGAGUUGAAAAUAGGAUAUAAAAUCUAGCAUGAAUAUUGAUGAUUUAUUUAUUUUAUUUGAUUGUAUUUUUUUGGAUAAAGAAAAUGGUAUCAUUCCUUUAACAGGUAAAGAUCAUGUUACCAUAGAAGGCAUGGAUAAAGGUGAGAGAAGGGGAAUUAGGAAAUUGAGAUUCAGGUAUUUAAUAUUAUAGAAUGGAAGACCAGAGGAGAGGACUUGAGGUCAGAGGGAGUCCGACGAGUGGGUUGUGGUCUGGGUGAGCCAGGUGAGUAGGCUCAGUGUCUGGAAAUCCAGAGGAGAGGACUUGAGGUCAGAGGAAGUCCAGGGAGUGGGCUCUGGUCUGGGUGAGCCAGGGGAGAAGGCUCAGUGUCUGGCAAUCUAGAGGAGAGGACUUGAGGUCAGAGGAAGUCCAGGGAGUGGGCUCUGGUCUGGGUGAGCCAGGGGGAAAGGCUCAGUGUCUGGGAAUCUAGAGCAGAGGACUUGAGGUCAGAGGGAGUCGGGGGAGUGGGCUCUAGUCAUGGUGAGCCAGUCAAAGGGAGGCAGGGGAGUUGGCUUAGUGUUUGUGAGGAUAUGGAGGAGAGGGUUUGAGGGCUUUGGGUAGCAGGUGAGAGAUGGCUCAGUACUUGGGGAAUCUAAAGGAGAGUUGUUGUUUUUUUUAUGUCUGCGGCAGCAGGGAGAGGACGGGAGUUCAAGGGGAGCCAGAUUUUCUUCAAGUAGACCUGUUCCUAGUUGGGGUCUCUGCAUUUUUUGCCAAGACCAUACCUAGUUAUGUGUCCCUUGCGAGGUGGCACCACCAUCUUCCUUUUUCAACUUCUUGCAGAUGAAGCUGUCGGGAGCUGCAGAGUGCAAGACAGGCAAAUCCACAGUGUAUGAAGAUGCCUCAUGCAUCUACUGUUCAUCGUGCAAAAAGAUGCCUUUUCCUAUUAGCCGGGGUGAGUGAUGACUGAUGGAAAAUGGCAAAAAAAAAAGGCUGUAGAAAAUAAAGUAAGUCUGCUUUUAACAUUUUUGGAAGUGUACAUAAAACAAAACACUAAAUAUGUAUAUCUGUUCAUUAAUCCCCUUUCAAGUGAAAAUGUAAUGAAUUAGGAUUAUGACCUGUUUUGUUUUUGUGUAUACCCACUGUCGAAAUGGUCAGACUGACCCAGGAUUCAGCUAGCGAAAUCCUGGUUCCUAAAUUUCCCAUAUUAGCUACAGAACUAAUUUCUGCAAUUAAUGAAGAUUCACCCCUCUUUUUCCAAAUCAAAUGUUCCUCACAGAGAUGCAAAGAGGACAAAUCUCACAUCCAAAUUACAUAGUUACAUACCUGAAAAGAGACUUGCGUCCAUCAAGUUCAGCCUUCCUCACAAAUGUUUUUGCUGUUGAUCCAAAAGAAGGCAAAAAACCCAGUUUGAAGCACUUCCAAUUUUGCCACAAUUCCUUUUGGGACCCCCAGAAUGGCAGUCAGAUAUCUCCUUGGAUCAAGCAGCUUUUACCCCACUAAUUAUACAUAUUACAUAUAUCCCUGUAUGUUAUGUUUUUGCAAGUACUUAUCCAAUUUCAGUUUAAACAUCUGUAUGGACUCUGAUAAAACCACCUCUUCAGACAGAGAAUUCCAUAUCCUUAUAGUUCUUACUGUAAAAACAAACAAACUUUUCUUUGCCUGAGAUUAAAUCUCCUUUCUUC